CGUAGAGACAGAUGAUUUCUAAAGAGCAGCCACGUGACAGGUGCAUUGAUCGACGUCUUCUAAGUUUACUUCCACGCGUAAGCUUGCAUGCAACACAUCUUUGCUUCUUCAUGAGGCCUAGCAAUUCUACGAGCUUCAUCACAUCACAAAUAUUAAGUAUAUCAAUUCAAAAACUAGAAUCACGUAUCAGGCUUCUUGUCUACCAAGCUAUUUUGGUUUUUUAAUUUGGCCAAAUAUGUCGUGCCCCCACCCAGUUGUUGCCGGACAGCCAACUCAGACCGGUACUGCCCUCCUCGAAACUGCCACUGCCGCCAUCCAGGGUUUCGGCCCCAUCAAUCAAAUUCACCAGCAUCUCUGCGCAUUCCACUACUACGGCGAUGACAUGACUAGGCAAGUAGAGGCGCACCACUUCUGCGCACACCAAAAUGAGGAGAUGCGGCAGUGCCUGAUCUACGACAGCCCAGCGGCGGACGCCCGGCUUAUAGGUGUCGAAUACCUUCUCUCGGAGGUCCUCUUCAUGACGCUGCCGGACGCGGAGAAGCAAUUGUGGCACUCCCACGAGUAUGAGGUGAAGAGCGGGAUCCUGUUCAUGCCGCGGAUCCCUGGCCCCAUUGAGCGGAAGGACUUGGAGAAGGUUGCCAAGACUUAUGGGAAGACAUACCAUUUUUGGCAGACCGACCGGGGUGAUGCCCUUCCUCUUGGCAUCCCUCAGCUCAUGAUGUCCUUCACUGGAGAUGGCCAGCUUCAUGAUCACCUUGCCAAACAUGUUGAGAAACAUUUCGGAGUAAGCUUUGACGAAGAGAGAGAGAAGAGGGCUUAUAUGAAAGGGCCUGAUCAUGGGAUACAUCCAAAAGCAAAUGGAGGAGGAAAAGGCCAUAAGACGGUUAUCAGGGAGACCAACUGCAGGCCUGCUACAGGCCCAGAUGACCACGAUACAUCUGUUCCAAGGGUCUUCGUUUGACUCAUUCUCUCUCUGCUGGUUACUUAUUACAACAUAUUACAUAUAUGUUAUGUUAGUUCUCUGGUGAAGUACUUAUUACAUGUAUUUUGGGCGUAUUAAUGUGCGUAGUAAAUAAUACAAUGUACGUAUAUGUAUGUGCUGUCGCAUGUCAAUCUUAUUAUAUACAUAGUUCUAUAUAAUGGACUAGCUUGGUGUAAUGUAUCAAUAUACUGGAUUAUUGCAGGAUGAAUCCAUGAUUUUCUAUUUGGUUCUAUA